CAUUCCCAAUCGGUUCUCGAGUUUCGAAACACGUUCUCUUACGUUCUCUCCAGGUUCUCUUAUAUCGAGGCAAAAUGGUGGUGUGGAGUAGUAUUUUACGUGCAACUGGUCAAAAGUUCUUACAAAACGGCGGCUUUAGAACAGCAUUAGUGAAAAACGAAUCGGCAAGAUGCAUGUCAGAGCAGCGUGUAAUGGUCAUAAAGCCGUCUAGGUUUCAGUGGCACAAAACGAAAGAUUGGUUCCAUUUCUACUUCUUGCUGGGACUUAUUCCUCUUGGUAUCGGAAUUUUUAUGGUUAAUGUGUUCAUUGGACCUGCAACACUUGAAGAAAUUCCGGAGGAUUAUGUACCUAAAGAAUGGGAGUACCAUCGGCAUCCGAUCAAGAGAUUCCUUGCACGCUACUUUUUCCCAUCGCCGCAGCAAGAAUACGAGAAGUUUUUGCACUAUGCGUAUCAAGAAAACCAAAUCAGACAAAUUCGACUUCUUGAAAAUCGGGUAAAUGACGUGAUGGGUACUCGUCGUGAUUAUAGAGGUCCUUAUUUCCAAGAGUACUAUGGCUCUAAGUAUCUGUACAGAUACAAAGAGAUAAUGGAUGAAUUGGAAGAGCGUGAUUAGAAGUUUUAGAGUGGAUUUAUUUACUUUGUAAGAAUCUUUUUUUGUUUUCAAAGUACCGAGAUAAAGGUAUGAAUAUCAGGUGUAGAUCAUAAUGUACAUUUUAGAAUUCUAUUAAUUUACGUUGCUGAGUGAACCACAGCAUGAAAUUUCAGCUAAUAUAUAUAUAUAUAUAUAUAUAUAUCGCAUUAUACAUGUAUAUAGCUAAUGGAAUAAAGAGUUGAUAAAAUGCUUCUAACCAAUA